UAAACUCAACAUUUUUCUCACCAAACAAUUUGACAAAGGAAGGAACUACUCUGUCUGUCUUAAACAGAGCAGAAAUAAUUUUUUUUUUUUUCCCAAUCUGAUCAUCUGAAAGAGAAAGAUCAGAUACGGGAAUAAUGGCGAAGAGCAUAAAGGAGGUGGGUGUGGAGGAGUUGGUGAAGGCGGGGCUAAGCAUUGAGGAGGCCAAUGAGCUGGAGAGGCUCGUUAAGGAUGCAGCCAAAGGGUGUGAGUUCGAGCAGCCGACCGAGUUGUGGCGCGAGAUUGUGGCUCGGAGGCUGCUCAAGCCAUGGCACCCACAUGAAGUGCACCAGCUGGUUUACUAUUCCGUCUAUGCCAAUUGGGAUGUCUCCAACAGAGGCCCUCCUCUCUACUGGUUCCCUUCUCUAUAUGAGUCCAAGCAUACGAACUUGGGACGUCUCAUGGAGAAGCAUGGUUCCGAGCUUUUGGGGCCAUUAUACAAGGAUCCUAUAACAAGUUAUAGCCUCUUUCAGAAAUUUUCUGUCCAGCAUCCUGAGGCUUACUGGUCAAUUUUCCUGAAAGAACUUUCGGUUUCAUUCCGAGAAGCCCCGAGGUGUAUCCUAGAUAGAACUGACAAAUCGAAGCACGGCGGAUCAUGGCUUCCAGGCUCAGUUUUGAACAUCGCCGAAUGUUGUCUGUCUCCCACCGCGUAUCCUAGGAAAAAUGAUGACAGCGUAGCUAUUGUAUGGAGAGACGAAGGUCACGAUGAUGCUGCUGUAAACAGUAUGACUCUAAAGGAACUUAGAGAGCAAGUAAUGCUGGUGGCUAAUGCACUUGACACGAUGUUUUCAAAGGGUGAUGCGAUUGCGAUUGACAUGCCAAUGACAGUUACUGCAGUUAUUAUAUAUUUGGCCAUUAUACUAUCUGGUCUUGUGGUUGUAUCAAUAGCUGAUAGCUUCGCUGCAAAUGAAAUUGCAACUCGCUUGCGAGUGUCGAAAGCCAAGGCUAUCUUUACCCAGGAUUUCAUAGUAAGAGGAGGUCGGAAGUUUCCUCUAUACAGCCGAGUCGUCCAAGCUGCACCGAGUAAAGCUAUUGUCCUCCCUGCAACUGGUAGCAAUACAGGGGUUCAGUUAAGAGCACAGGAUAUAUCAUGGCAUGAUUUUCUUUCCAAUGUUAGUAACCAUUCAAGAUCAAAAUACUACUCUCCAUUCUAUCAACCAAUAGACUCUGUGAUCAAUAUACUUUUUUCAUCCGGAACCACAGGAGAACCAAAGGCUAUUCCAUGGACACAACUUUCUCCAAUUAGGUGUGCAGCAGAUUCAUGGGCUCAUAUGGAUGUACAAGCUGGAGAUGUUUUGUGUCAGCCAACAAAUUUAGGAUGGGUGAUGGGCCCCAUUGUACUUUUCUCAUGCUUUCUCUCCGGCGCAACUCUUGCUUUAUAUCAUGGAUCUCCUCUAGGCCGUGGCUUCGGAAAAUUUGUUCAGGAUGCGGGAGUGACUAUUUUAGGCACAGUUCCAAGCCUUGUGAAAACUUGGAAGAGUACAAAGUGUAUUAGAGGCCUAGAUUGGACAAAAAUAAAGUCAUUUGCUUCAACAGGAGAAGCUUCUAACGUGGACGAUGACCUCUGGCUAUCGUCACAAGCUUAUUACAAGCCCAUUGUUGAGUGUUGUGGAGGGACAGAGCUUGCAUCAUCUUACAUACAAGCAAGUCUGUUGCAGCCGCAAGCUUUUGGAGCGUUCAGCACAGCAUCAAUGACAACCGGCUUUGCCAUCCUUGAUGAAAAUGGAAAUCCUUAUCCGGAUGAUGAACCUUGUAGCGGUGAAGUGGGGUUGUUCCCUCUAUACAUGGGAGCGACUAAUAGACUGCUUAAUGCUGAUCAUGAAAAGGUUUACUUUAAGGGAAUGCCAGUGUACAAAGGAAUGUGGCUCAGGAGACAUGGAGAUAUCAUUAGAAGAACUGUUGGAGGCUUUUUCGUUGUACAAGGGAGGGCUGAUGACACCAUGAACCUUGGUGGCAUUAAGACUAGUUCUGUUGAAAUCGAACGUGUGUGUGACCGUGCUGAUGAAAGUGUCUUGGAGACGGCGGCAGUUAGCGUGGCUCCUGCUAAUGGGGGCCCAGAACAGCUGGUUAUAUACGUGGUAUUGAAGAAUGGAUACAACUCUGAAGCAGAAAAUCUGAGGACCAAAUUCUCAAAAGCCAUUCAAAGUAACCUCAAUCCUUUGUUUAAGGUGAAUUUUGUGAAGAUUGUUCCGGAGUUUCCUCGAACAGCCUCUAACAAGUUGCUAAGGAGGGUUUUGAGGGACAAAGUAAAGCGCGAGCUUGCGGUUCGGAGUAGAAUUUAGUGACAACAACACCUACUCUUGCUGUUUUGCAAUGGAGUUCCGGAAAAAAUUAAAAAAAAAGAAAAGGAAUGUGUAUUUAGAAUGAGGAGGGUAUGCUAAUUCAGAGCAAGAGAGAAGGGUAUGUAAGUUUCACUAAAGUUAAUUUUGCUCCAAAGUGUGAAAAUGUCACAUUCAGAGGGGGUGUUUCUGCAUUGUAUAAGUUUCUAUGUCUGCAGUUUUUCCAAGAAGAAAAAAAAAAAAAAAGUUUUUGUCUGCAAAUGUUGUUGCAUUGCAUGAGAAUAUGCAACAAAAUUUCUUUCGUCCAAAAAACUCAA